CUGCCUGGUGUUAUUUCGGUUAUUUGAGUUCUAUCCAACUGAUCAAACACAACACCACCAAGCAAGCCAAGUGCCAGAAGAAAAUCUCGCCUUCAUCCACGAGCUCCUUCCAUCACUUAGCAAAUCUAUUUCUCGGAUUUUAUUUCCUCGGGCCAGCGGCACCGCUCCUUAAAUCAUCAUGCCAAACUAUAAGUUGUUCUACUUCAACCUCCGUGCUCGCGCCGAACCGGCGCGUAUGAUGUUCGCUCUCGCGGGUUGCGAAUACGUGGACGACCGCUUUACACACGAGGAAUGGCCGCAGCGAAAGACCGAUAAAGAAUUGUUUCCUAUCGGGCAAGCUCCGGUUCUGUUAGUCGAUGACAAGGUGAUACCGCAGAGUGCCGCGAUUUCUAGAUACCUCGCCAGAGAACUAAAUUUCUACGGAGCAAACAGUUUAGAAGCUGCCCAAAUUGACGUCGUCCUCGAAACUAUGGCCGACAUUGAAGAUAAGAUGAUGCCUCUAUAUGCCGACCAAGACGCAGCUAAGAAGGCUGAGGUGCUGAAGGCAUUUGUCGAGAUCACAUCGAAGCCCUACUUCACUUAUCUUGAACAACUCAUCGAGGAGGCAGGGGGAAAACACUUUGUAGGAAACAAGGUUUCACUAGCUGAUAUUCAUAUCUUCAAUAUGCUUGACAUGAUGACCAACAGCAAGUACAAGAUAGAGGGCCUUCUGGAUUCCUACCCUCAACUGAGAGCCUUCUGCAAAUCCUUCCGGGACGAAGGUCCUCUCAAGUCUUACCUGGAAUCUCGGCCCGUCACAGAGGCUUAAAUAAAUUCGAAAGGAACAAAUAAAUUCAAUAGGCUCGUUCAAAUAUGAAGCCGAACCCCCCCUCCAAAAAAACAAAAAAACAAAAAAACGCCACGCUUUUUGUUUACUGUAAAUCUGUGUUUUAAGAUAGGGGCGGACCCAGUCGGCGGCGAUGGUGGGUGGGGGCCCAAUAUCUGAGAAAAUAUUUAGCGACGCAUCAGCCGGCGAAUAGGCGGGGGGGGGGGGCUGGGUGAUA